CUAGCCACCACCGCCCGUCCCCAAGAGCCAGGCGGGCCUCAGUGUGAGGAGGCCGUGGAGCCGGAGGAGGGACCGAGCCGGCCUCAAGCCCUGCAGCCGCUGCGACCCGGAGGGCCCCGCCGCGUGCUCUUCGCCGACGAGGCCCUGGGACUGCCCCUGGCCCAGCUGAGGCGUUACCAGCCUUGGGGCUGCGGGGGUCUCGGAGGAGGGCCGGAUGAAGAGGACGAGUCCCCCCCGGAGCUGGGCUUGCCCGGGAGCCCCCCGGGAGCAGGGCCCGGGCCUCCCUUCUACCUGCUACCGGCCUUCGUGCUGCCCCCAGCCCCGGGCCGGCUGGAGCGCCUUCGGGGCUCAAUGGUGGAACUGGAAGACCUGUUCCCUCCGGAGGAUCCAGGUAUGCCUGGCCGAGCCCCGGUUCUCCGCGGCCUAAUCCGAGUGCUCAACCUCUCUUACCAUAAGGCAGUGCAUGUGCGGGCCACCCAUGACGGCUGGCUGACCUUCCAAGACCACCCGGCCCACUACGUCCCCGGGGGGAGCAGCUCUCCCGAGGACGGGGGGCAGACCGACUGCUUCGCUUUCCAGUUGCCCUUUGAGCCCCCCAGCGUAGGCACGAAGGCACUGGAUGGGGCCCGCAUCGACUUUGUGGUUCGGUACCAGACCCCCGAGGCCACCUAUUGGGCCAACAACCAGGGCAAGAACUAUACCGUGGUGCUGAAGGAGACAGCGGCAGCAGCCCGGACCAAGGGGCUUGGCCUGGCAGGGCCUCCGGGGCCCCUGUUGGCACCCCCUGCACCCCCACCAACGAAGCACCUCUUUUGGGAGGUCGAGGCGAAACAGCUGAAGAGCUGUAUGAAGCCUGUCAGACACAGUGGCCUAAUGCUCAGUUGGCGGCCUCUUAUUAUCGCUGUGCAUCAGGUUCAAGUUCGUGAGUAUCGGAAAGCCAGCAUGGCAAGUCUUCAUUUGGCUGGGUUGGAACCAGUUUGUACUUUGGGGCCCGUCUGAACGCUAGACUUGGGAGGCACUUCCAGCUCUGGCCUACGUGCUGUGCCCCUCGGGCCUCGGCAAGUCGUUCGCCCUCUUUCAGCCUCCAGAUCUUCUCUUCUGCUUCCAAAGGGCUCUUCGACCUCCAACGUGCUAAAACGUGUCUCAUUCUUCGGGAGGACCUAACCUCCCCGCUGCGAAAAGAUGGAGGGACUCAGUUCAUUUCCUGAGCCCAGAGCCACACUGGCACCAGCUCGUUAGCCCCAGGGCCUGUACGUAGGAGAGAGCUGAGAGAAUGACCACUGCAGACAGUCCUUGGAUUCUUCUUGCACUAAAAGAAGAGGGGGAAGGGGGGAGGUGUUCAGCCAGGUCUCUGAGCACCCUACAGGGGAGACUCCCAGGGGUCUUAGUUGGAUACCAAUCAGAUCUGCCACUUAGGCUUAUGCUAGUAUUUUUUGAUCCUUACCACCCUCGGAGGCGCAGGUGCUUUUUUUUACAGCUGAAGAAACUGAGGCAGAUGUUCAGCUGCCAGUGCCCUGGAGAGUAACAGGGAGGUUUGGAAGCCAAGCCACUCUCGGCCUCCAUUUCUUCAACUAUAAAAUGGGGUUGUUAAUGGCUCUGACCUCCCAGGGUUGUUGUGAGGAAUGGGUUCCAAGCCUUAAAAUGCCAUGGAGUGGCUUGCUGUCAGCUUCUGAUCGAAAACUCUAUGCCUCCCGCUUCCCCCACCCCACCCCUGCCUAGCAGGCGGUCUGUUAGUGUUAACGGGCCUUUGGCAGUGGGGCACCUCAACAGAUUCGGUGCAUUUUCUGCUGCCCCUCUAAAACUUGGCUUUACCCUUCAGACUUCUUUACCUCGUCCUGACAGGGAUGGCCCUGAACUUUUGUCCAGCUUGGGCUGGAAUCCAGCUUCUGACCUUUGGGGGUCCUGAGCCAAAGCCCUUCCCUUCUGGGAGAAGAAGAGGAAUGUUUCUUCUUGUUGAGGGGAGAGCACCUUGCCAGCCUGGGGGCCUAGGAGGGCACGAAUGGGGCUCUGGACUGCCAGGCACUCCCUCUCAUUGCCCCCCCCCCCCCCCCCGUGUUAUUCUCACACUUGCUCCUCUUCAGCGAGCACUUGAGGCCUUUAAGUGCAAGCACUCAUGCGACUCCCAGGAGACUCAAGAUGUCUGCAUCCCUAUUGGUAGAGCACAGGGAGUGUUGACAAGCGGGCUGUCCUCCAGAGGGAGGGAUCGGACAUACACUAAGACUAGUGGAAUUCCCUGGGCCGGCCACGAGGCAAAGCUAAUUGGCAUCCCCACUAGCAAAAAGUGAGUUUGGUUUUGUAGCCCCAGCCCCGAGUUGGCAUGGUGCCUGGCACAUAGGAAGUGGGAAAUGCUGGUUGACCCGACUUCAGUUUGAGUCUCUGCUCAGACUCUUAGAAUCCCAGGCUGGCAGGGCUAGAAUGUAUUCUAACUCCAUCUAGAUCUGGAUGAAUGAAAUGACCGCGCCAAGGCUCUGUUGCUGGCAGCCCGGAUCUCUGUACUCCAAAUCUAAAGUUCCUUCUACUGUCGACCGCUCGGCUGGCCGCUUCUCCGUGAGCCUCCGGUGUCUGUGACGUGAACGGGCCAGAUCCUCUCUGGGCCAGUUCCCUUAGAGUGGUGUUGUUGGGAAAGUACCUUAUGUUGAAGAAAUAAAUAAACCAUG